AUGCCUCCGAUGUACCCUCUAAAACCAACUGAUCCUGAGUAUCGCAAAUACGACGACUACUUCAACGAUAACUGGAAACACGCCCUCAAGAUAGCCAAGGUCCGAAAGAUUUUCCGUGUUCGCGACAAAGAAUUAGCUGCAUCAUACAGAUGGAGAAGACAUAAGCGGUAUGGCGGAAAGUCUGUCCACCGGGCUAGAUUGUUAUUUCAUGGCACAACUCGUGCCUGUAAUGCUGGCGAGGAGAAGGGCAGUGGUAAGAUGAAGUGGUGCAACAAGUCAGACUGUGGCCUUUGUGGAAUUAUGAAGAACUCUUUCAAAGUCAGCAAGUCAAGUAUCAUCAAAAUCAGAUAUGUUCGUCAAAACGAAAGACCUCAAUAUAUGAUGGUGGCAAGCCAAAAAAGGACCGCGCCGGACCCUGGCUACGAUAGCGUUGAAGGUCUCGCGAUGGGGGAGGGAGGAAUACUUACGGAACGCGAGACGGUUGUUUACCGAGAUGAUGCCAUCGUUCCUGUGGCGGUCAUAAUGUACGAGACGUCUCCAUAUAAGAGAAUUGGGAUGUCGGGCAUCAUCACGCCUGGCGCGCCAUUGGCUGCGGCAGGGGGUGUGGGAGCAAGGCCCUUGCCACCAAGACCAGCAAGACGAACUUUUCUAUCAAAACUAUUCGGCCCUUAA